CUAAAAGGCCACAUCUGUUCCCGCCAGUUUUGCCUUGUUUUGAACUUGAUAAAUACUUCUUGAAAUUCUUUAAAAAUCUUUGAAUCUAUUGAAAAACAAAGUACAAAAUUGCAUAAUUAUUCAAAUGGAUCAUCAAAACUCACAAUCCUUUGGCUCUCAAUCACAUUUCUAUGUAUCAUUUCUGCAAGACAGCUUGAAAUCAAAAGAACCAUUUCCCAUAAAGUCAAUCCAUGGCCGUAUAAUCAAAUCAGGCGUCCAUUUAAGUGUUUUCCUUAUGAAUAAUCUCAUCAAUGGGUACGCGAAAACCGGGUUUUUAUCGUAUGCUCGUAAGGUGUUUGAUGUAAUGCCUGUGAGAGAUACUUCUUCUUGGAAUACAAUUUUAUCUGGGUAUUCAAAAGGAGGUUUAAUUAAUGAAGCCCGUUCGAUAUUUAAUGAAAUGACUUAUCGGGAUUCUGUUUCGUGGACUACUAUGAUUUCUGGAUAUAAUUUUGUUGGUCGUUUUCAGGUUGCAAUUCAGAUGUUUCUUGAGAUGGUUAGUGCAUCUGAUCAUGUUUUGCCGACACAGUACACGUUUACGAGUGUUCUUGCAUCGUGUACUGAAAUUAGAGCGUUACACGAGGGACGGAGAGUUCAUUCCUUUGUUGUUAAAUUUGGGUUGAGUAGUUAUGUUUCUGUGGCGAAUUCUCUGUUGAAUAUGUAUGCUAAGUCAGGGGAUACAAAUGCAGCUCAUAUCGUUUUUGAUGGGAUAGCAGUGAAGAACACGUCGAGCUGGAAUACAUUGAUCUCGUUGCAUAUGCAGACUGGUCAGGUGGAUUUAGCGUUGGCACAAUUUGAGCAAAUGAAUGAGCAUGACAUAGUUUCAUGGAACUCAAUGGUUACGGGCUAUAAUCAGCAUGGCUUUGAUGUUCUAGCUCUUAAUAUGUUUUCUAAAAUGCUUAAAGAAUCAUCGCUGGAACCUGAUAGAUAUACUUUAGCCAGUGCUUUAUCAGCUUGUGCUAAUCUUGGGGAAUUAAAUGUAGGAAAACAAAUCCAUGCUCAUCUUGUCAGAACUGAAUUCGACGUGUCAGGAGCUGUUGGAAAUUCUUUGAUUUGCAUGUAUUCCCGAAGCGGUGGCGUAGACAUUGCUCGAAGAGUAUUAGAGAAAAAUAGAGAGUCCAGUCUAAAUGUAAUUGCAUUUACAGCACUACUGGAUGGGUACAUAAAGGUUGGUGAUAUAAGUCCAGCAAGGAAGAUUUUUGACUCAUUGAAGGACCGCGAUGUAGUUGUUUGGACAGCCAUGAUUGUUGGUUAUGUUCAAAAUGGCUUUAAUGAUGAUGCGAUGGAACUCUUUAGGUUAAUGGUUAAAGAAGGGCCAGACCCGAAUAAUUAUACUCUAGCAGCAAUGUUAAGUGUCUGUUCAAGUGUGGCAUCGUUAAAUCAUGGUAAGCAAAUCCACUCAGCAGCCAUUAAGGCAGGGGAAGCGUUAUCAGUUUCUGUUAGCAAUGCCCUGAUAACUAUGUAUGCCAAGGCUGGAAAUAUCAGCUGUGCAAGGAGAGUAUUUGAUUUGAUACACCUGAACAGAGACACGGUCUCUUGGACUUCGAUGAUCUUGGCUUUAGCUCAGCAUGGACUUGGAGCUGAAGCCUUGCAAUUGUUUGAGAAUAUGCUUGCACUUGGAAUGAAGCCUGAUCAUAUAACAUAUGUUGGUGUUCUUACUGCUUGCACACAUGUAGGAUUGGUUGCUCAAGGCCGUAGUUAUUACAAAAUGAUGAAAGAGAUGCAUGGAAUUGAACCGACGUCUAGCCAUUGUGCUUGCAUGAUUGACCUCUUUGGUCGUGCUGGAUUACUAGAAGAAGCACAAGACUUCAUAGAAAAUAUGCCAAUCGAACCAGAUGUGAUCGCAUGGGGUUCACUUUUAGCAUCUUGUAGAGUUCACAAAAAAGUGGAGCUAGCCAAAGUUGCAGCUGACAGAUUGCUUUCAAUUGAUCCCGAAAACAGUGGGGCAUACUCAGCACUUGCCAAUGUGUAUUCUGCUUGUGGAAAAUGGGCAGAAGCUGCUAAGAUAAGAAAAUCAAUGAAGGAUAAGCAGGUCAAGAAAGAACAAGGAUUUAGCUGGAUUCAAAUAAAAAGCGUAGUCCAUGUCUUUGGGGUUGAAGAUGGGCUUCAUCCGCAGAGAAAUGCUAUUUACAAGACAAUGGAAAAAAUCUGGAAAGAUAUCAAAAAGAUGGGGUUCAUUCCAGACACCGAGUCAGUGCUUCAUGAUCUUGAUUAUGAGGUGAAAGAGCAGAUUCUUAGACAUCAUAGUGAGAAGCUUGCAAUUGCAUUUGGGUUGAUAAAUACCCCGGAGAAUACUACUUUAAGGAUCAUGAAGAACCUUCGAGUUUGUAAUGACUGUCACUCGGCAAUCAAAUUUAUCUCCAAGCUUGUAGGGAGAGAAAUCAUUCUGAGGGAUGCCACUCGUUUUCACCAUUUCAAAGGAGGUUUCUGCUCAUGUCGUGACUAUUGGUAGAUCAUGAACAAAAUUUUAUCUAAAACUCCACAUCAGAGCGGCUGGAGAAAAGCAAAAGAAAAAAUCUUCGAUGCUGGAUACUGCUAAAAAACAUAAGGAAUCUGAGUUUGAGAAACCCAUACAUAAAGGUAAACAUUACUACGAAGUAUGCCUUCACUGAUGGUGGUGCUGUAUAGCUUUGUCAUCCUGUAAGUAGCUCCUCAGAGCAGCUUUGUGGUAUACAACAACAACAUAAUACCCAGUGUAAUCCCAUAAGUGGGGUCUUGGGAGGGUAGAGUGCGUGCAGACCUUACCCCUACCUUGGGAGGUAGAAAGGCUAUUUUUCGAUCAGAGUGGCUUUAUGGUAUACGUGAUGAAUUCUAAAAUAAGAAAAGAUCAUAUAUUUUUGUAUAUUCAUUGUUUACAGACUAAGAUGUUAUCUUGGAGAACUGCUUCUGCAGGAUUCCACAUGACUAACCUAUUGGAUGAACUAUUCUCUCUCCUUCAUCUCUCAGUACACCGAGUCAGAUGUAGAAUACAUGAUUUCCCUUUGCUGAUGCUCUAGUUCGUGGCUGCAUGCAGUGGUGGAGCAGGUCAUUAUUCACAGAUGACUCUACUGACAUUUAUCUCAUAGGGCAGAGCUGAUUGUGUAACAAAAUGGAGAGAACAAGUGUAUGACGACAAUAAUGCUGAGAUCCAGGGAUAGCUUUCUUUUGUAAUCUUCGAGUUGUCUUUGUUGUUUGGUAGUGUAUCAGUACUAUCAUAACCAGAAAAACAGUACAAAUUUUAGCAUUUUUUGAAUAUUUCGUCGAGCUGUUAAUUGAUUUACCAUUCAUGAAUUCAAGCAAUAUAUCAUAUACAGCGCAAAUGGCGGUGUAUUGUUUUUCCUU